CCGCUGCUGCUGUCACCCUCAGCCGAAGCACAGAUGGUGCAGUCCCUGGGCUUCGCCAUCUACCGAGCCCUGGACUGGGGCCUGGACGAGAACGAGGAGCGCGAGCUGAGCCCGCAGCUGGAGCAGCUCAUUGACCUGAUGACCAACAGCGACUCGGAGGACAGCGGCUGCGGCACGGCCGACGAGGGCUACGGCGGGCAGGACGAGGAGGAGGAGGGCGGCGAGGGGCCGCCGCGGGCCGUGCGCACCUUCGGCCAGGCCAUGCGGUGCUGCGCCGCGCGCCUGGCCGACCCCGCAGGCGCCGCUGCGCACUACCAGGCCGUGUGCCGGGCCCUCUUUGCCGAGACCGUGGAGCUCAAAGCCUUCCUGGCCAAGAUCCGCGAUGCCAAGGAGAUGCUGCAGAAGCUGAAGGAGGAUGAGGAGGCAUCGGAGCGGCCGGCGGCAGAGCUGGGCAGCCUGCGCAACGCGGACUGGGCCCGGCUCUGGGUGCAGCUCAUGCGGGAGCUGCGGCACGGCGUGAAGCUGAAGAAGGUGCAGGAGAAGCAGUUCAACCCGCUGCCCACCGAGUACCAGCUGACGCCCUUCGAGAUGCUCAUGCAGGACAUCCGGGCGCGCAACUACAAGCUCCGCAAGGUCAUGGUGGACGGCGACAUCCCGCCGCGGGUGAAGAAGGACGCGCACGAGCUUAUCCUGGACUUCAUCCGCUCGCGGCCGCCGCUGAAGCAGGCGUCGGAGCGGCGGCUGCGGCCGCUGCCGCAGAAGCAGAGGACGCUGCACGAGGAGAUCCUGGAGGAGAUCAAGCAGGAGAGGAAGCUGCGGCCCGUGUCGCCCCGCAAAGGCUACCGCUCGCUGCCCUGCAUCCCGCACGCCUGCGCCGGCACCGCCACCUCCAGCUCCUGCAUGGACCUGAGCGCGCCCGAGGCCGGCGCGCCGCGGCCCCGGCCCCGCGUGCUGCUCAAGGCGCCCACGCUGGCCGAGAUGGAGGAGAUGAACGUGUCCGAGGAGGAGGACUCCCCUUGCAGCGAGCCCAGCUCGGCGCUGCCCCUCAAGCGCGACCGCUCCUUCUCCGAGCGGGACCUGGCCCAGCUGCAGAGCGAGCUCGGCGGGCAGGAGGCGGCCCCGGCGCCCGUGGAGCCCGAGCCCCGGCCCCGCUCAGGGUCGGUGCCCGCCAGCUACCACCCCGUGCCGUACGGCGCCGCGCCGCCGCCGCCGCCCCGCGCGGCCCUCGGCUGCCUGGAGGAGAGGCCGGAGGACGGCCCCGGAGCAGCGCCCGCCAAGCUGCCCUGGCUGGAGUUCAGCCACCCYGCCGAGAGCCUGGCGCUCACCGUGGAGGAGAUGAUCAACGUGCGCCGGGUGCUGGUCAAGGCCGAGAUGGAGAAGUUCCUGCAGAGCAAGGAGCUCUACAACAGCCUGAGGAAGGGCAAGGUCUGCUGCUGCUGCCGGGCCAAGUUCCCCCUCUUCUCCUGGCCUGCAGCCUGCCUCUUCUGCAAGCGGUCUGUCUGCAGCUCCUGCAGCCUCAAGAUGAAGAUGCCUUCCAAGAAGCUGGCCCACAUCCCUGUCUACGCGCUCGGCUUCGAGAGCCUCCCUGGCUCGCUGGGCACCAAGGCCCCGUCAGUGCGGCGGAGAGAUGCCUUCCACUCGCUGCCCGGCGCCGGUGGGCGCCGCGUGGAGGACGAGUUCCCGCACAUGUACGCGCAGGGCGCCCUGCUCCGCGACGUCUGCACCGACUGCACCGGCUUUGUGGCCGACGUGGUGGCCUCGAGCCGCCGCAGCGUGGCCGCGCUCAACGCCGCGCCGCCYCGCGCCCGCCGCGGCGCCUCCUGGCACCCCUGA